UCCCUCUCCGUCCCUUUUCCCCAUGUCCUCCUUUAUAAAAUGAGCGCUAUCAUCUUUUUGUUCUUUAGCCACAUCCAAUUCCAGCCUCCGCCUCCUCCUCCUCCAAAGUCAAGAACACCAGACAAAGAGUAAUGUAAAUUUCUAUCUCUAAGUUACCUCUUCCUUUUCCUUCUCUUUCCUUUAAGAACUUCCCUUAUUCUCCCUUUCUUGAUUCCUCUGUCUCUUUCUCUCUCCAUAUCUUCUCAUAUUUUGGCCUUCAUCUCUAUAUAUAUUAUGUAAACCCAGUUCUUGGCUUCAAUCUUUUUUACUUCUUUCUUGGGGAAAAUUAUGUUAUCAUUGGGCUGAAGAGGAGAGCUUGUUGGUUCCCUCUCAAGAGACGAAAAGAAAAGAAAAAAAAAAAGAAUGGCCGGAAUCGAUGCAUCCAAGUACUUGCACAGCCCUGCCCACAAGGCCGUCCUGGCCCGCGACUACGACGCCCUAAGGUCCAUCAUCUCUUCCCUGCCCCGCCUCGCCGAGCCCACCGAGAUCCGUACCGAAGCGGACUCCUUCGCCGAGGAGGCCAAGGCCGACGUCAUCUCCGCCGCUCUCGACCGCCGCGACGUCCCCAACCGCGAGACCCCUCUCCACCUCGCCGUCCGCCUCGGCGACGCCACCGCCGCCGAGAUCCUCAUCGCCGCUGGAGCUGACUGGAGCCUCCACAACGAGCAGGGCUGGAGCGCCCUCCACGAGGCCAUCUGCGCCCGCGAGGAGCACAUCGCCCGCAUCAUCGUCCGCCACCACCAGCCCCAGGCCUGGGCCAAGUGGUGCCGCCGCCUCCCCCGCGUCAUCGCUACCAUGCGGAGAAUGAGAGACUUCUACAUGGAGAUCACCUUCCAUUUCGAGAGCUCCGUCAUCCCUUUCAUCUCAAGAAUCGCCCCAUCCGACACCUACAAGAUCUGGAAGAGGGGCUCCAAUCUGCGGGCCGACAUGACGCUUUCCGGAUUCGAUGGAUUCAAGAUUCAGCGGGCCAACCAGAGCGUUCUCUUCCUCGGGGAGGGCUCGGAGGACGGCAAGGUGUCUUCCGGAUCGCUGUGCAUCGUCUCGCAUAAGGAUAAGGAGGUGGUGAAUGCUCUCGAUGGCGCCGGAGCGCCGGCGAGCGACGCCGAGGUCCAGCAAGAAGUCUCGGCCAUGUCCAAGACGAAUAUCGUCCGGCCGGGGAUCGACGUGACGCGGGCUGUGCUGCUGCCGCAGCUGACCUGGAGGCGGCAGGAGCGCUCGGAGGCCGUCGGCUCGUGGAAGGCGAAGGUGUAUGACAUGCAUCAUGUGGUCGUGAGCGUCAAGUCCCGGCGCGUUCCCCGUGCGGCGGCGGCCAACGAUGAGGAGGCCGUCAUCUCUUCUUCCAAUGACAAUGAGACGGACAACAAUGAGUAUGAGGGUAUCUUGACCGCUGAGGAGCGGAAGCAAUUGGAAAUCGCUUUGAAAAUGGAGUCGCUCGAUACGAUUGACGAAGAUCUCUCCGAUGACUUAGUCGGGCACCGGAGGAGUUGCUACGAGCCGAAAGAAAUUCCAGUGGACAAUGCGAGCAGCUGUGGCAUUGAUGGAAGGAAGCAAGAUAAGAUAUGGUGGCUCGGCGACCAGGGAAAGAAGGGAGAUCAUAAUCACCACAAGCUGGAUUUGCAGCAGAAGAUGGCACCGCCAAGAAGCUCGCUUUGUAUAGAUGAGAAGGUGAGUGACCUCCUUGGGGAUUCUCCAGCCAGGACUAGUAGUAGGCAGGGAAGGCAUUCCAUAGAGAUUGCCUGCUGUAGGGAGGACCUAGAAGAGGCAAGGGACAGGGAUUCGAAGAAAUCUUCAGCGAAUUUAGCGAAUGGGGGUCGACGGAAAAAGGGUAACCAAGAGAAAGAGAGCGAGUUCAAGAGAGGUUUGACUCCUGUUCUCUGGCUAUCUCCCAACUUUCCACUGAGGACUGAGGAGCUUCUGCCGCUGCUUGACAUACUUUCGAAUAAGGUGAAAGCUAUACGUCGUUUGAGGGAACUACUAACUACAAAACUUCCUUCCGGGACUUUUCCAGUCAAGGUUGCCAUUCCAGUUGUGCCGACCAUAAGAGUCCUGGUCACAUUUACCAAGUUCGAAGAAUUACAGCCAUUGGAAGAUUUCUCCACACCACCUUCAAGUCCUGUGAAGAACUACCCGAGUAAAAAACUACCCUCAAGUUCAUGGCUUCAGUGGAUGAAGGGAUCCUCCCAUCAGAAGAAAUCGUCAAAAUCAUCUGGAUCCAGCAACCAUGUUGAAAAUAUCCAGGACCCUUUCCUGAUACCCCCAGAUUAUACUUGGAUAUCACCUGAAGCAAAGAAAAAGAAGUUGCAGGAGAAUAAAAGCAAAUCUAAGAAGAGGCUAGGCAAAACGAGACAGGGGCCUGAAUCUGUGAGAGAGGAGCGGUGACCGGACAUGACCAUGUCAGCUCCAUGGGAAGAUGCUAGUUGGAAGUAAAUUCCUGGGCUAUCUGUGUUCAAUGCGAGAUGAAAUCCUUAAGCCUUCUGGGGAUAGGUAAUGUAAAGCAUCUGGAAACUGAUUUUGACCAACGUUAGUGAGAUUUGUCGGCGCAUUCUUUCUGAUAAUGAACGAUUCCCUGCGGUGUAAUUUUUCACCGGCAUUGUUUCGGUGAGCGUCUCUCUCUUGUCCUUGCUCAAUACGAACAAAUUUUCAAUUUUGGAUACUUGGAUUUAGCCAUUUA